UGUGCUCUUCCUCCCAGAAGCCCCAAUCUCCAGCGCUGGAUGCUCUGACCAGCAGGAAGAUUCUGGAAAGUUCUCUGGCACAAGUCACUGCUGACUACAGGCUGAAACAGUCUUUCCUGUCCCAGGACCAGACGUUUCCUCUCCAGUUAAAGAAACAGCAGGACCCAUAUAAGAUAAACAAGAGGGCAGAGGCACUCACGUCCUCUUCCUCAUCUUCAUCCUCCUCCUCCUCUGCGCUCCCUCUUAAGCUCAGCUCCAAAGCAUCAGGUAGGACCAAGCCCCCUGCAGCGCAAGGCGUGUCCUCCUCCAGUCUGCCUUUCUCUCAUGGCCUGCUGGGUCUGGGCCAGCCUAACGGAGUCGUCCCGAGCACCCAGGAUAUGCCGUUGGCCCUUACCACCAAACCUCGCUCAGAUGUGCCUGUCAACCUCAGUACGGGAGGCCGUAAGAGCCCCGCCUCUGCGUCUCCCAUUCCUAACCGCACCCGUGAGCCCCGGAAGAGCAAGACUCCCAAAGCAUUAGAAGCCUGGAGGGGUUUAUCCCAGAACCACCUGGUGCAGUCUCUGGUUGACCUGUUUCAACACAGCGGAGCUGAGCAAAAGCUGCCCAGCAGCAAAGACUCAGAUGACUCUGCUGAGGACGAAGAUGAUGAGGAUGAUGAUGUGGAGGAUGAAGAGGAUGAUGACGAAGAGGAUUCAGAUGACAGUCUCUCAGAGUCAGACAGUAAUUCAGACAGCGAGAUGAACGGCUCAGAGGGUGGUAAAAAGAAGCGCAAGGAUGGAGUCAUGGAGAUGGACACCGAUGGAGAGAAGACUCCUCAGAAACUCAGCAAGGGGUUUUCCCAUCUGAACUUCUCCACGAAUCACAGCCUGUCUGACUGUCUGCCACUAAACCUCCAAGUCAUUAAGCCCUCCAGUGUGGCCACGCCCACCGUUGUGAGCAGCUCCGGUGCCUUGACCUAUCACAGCUCUCCCUCCUCAUCAUACUCUGUUGGCACCUCUCCAGGCUCUGCGAAGAGAAAGCGAGUGAUGAAUGAAGAUGAUUUACGGAUUCCGCUGGAAAUGGGCUGGCAAAGAGAGACCAGGAUGAAAACAAUGGGCGGUCGGCUGCAGGGAGACGUUGCGUAUUAUGCCCCAUGUGGCAAGCGCCUGCGACAGUACCCGGAUGUCGUAAAGUAUCUGUCCAGAUACGGAAUAACUGACAUCACACGUGAUAAUUUUAGCUUCAGUGCAAAAAUAAGGGUUGGUGACUUCUAUGAAGCCAGAGAAGGACCCCAGGGUUUGCAGUGGACUCUUCUGAAAGAAGAAGAGGUCAUCCCCCAUAUCUUGGCCAUGGAGGGUCGGCGAGGUCGUCCACCCAACUCUGAGCGGCAGUCGAGGGGCGGCAGCGAAGUUUCGGGCAGCCGGCGGCGAAAGGGCCGCCCCCCCAAUCUAGGAGAGAGCGAAUUCCCAAGUCCCUCCGAGGCCAAACUGCUGCGCAAGCUGGAGGCUCAGGAAAUCGCCCGGCAGGCGGCUCAGAUGAAGCUCAUGAGAAAACUAGAAAAACAGGCACUCACUCGGGCUGCCAAGGAGGCCCGCAAACAGCAAGCUAUCAUGGCCGCAGAGGAGAGGAGGAAGCAAAAGGAACAGUUGAAGAUUUUCAGACAGCAGGAAAAGAUAAAGCGUAUUCAGCAAAUCCGUAUGGAGAAGGAACUCCGCGCACAGCAGAUUCUCGAGGCAAAGCGGAAAAAGAGAGAGGAGGCUGCCAAUGCCAAAAUGUUGGAGGCGGAAAAGCGAAUAAAGGAGAAGGAGAUGAGACGCCAACAUGCUGUUAUUCUCAAGCACCAGGAGAUGGAGAGGCAUAGACUAGAUAUGGUAUGGGAGAGGGAGAGGAGGAGACAGCACAUUAUGCUAAUGAAAGCUGUGGAGGCUCGGAAAAAAGCUGAGGAGCGUGAACGCCUCAGGCAAGAGAAACGUGAUGAGAAACGGCUCAACAAGGAGCGGAAAAUGGAGCUCCGGAGGCUGGAGCUGGAGAUGAUCCGUGAGAUGAAGAAACCCAAUGAAGACAUGUGUUUGACAGAUCACAAGCCCCUUCCUGAGAUUCCUCGUAUCCAUGGUCUGGUUCUGCCCGGGAGUGUGUUUGCAGACUGCCUGAUGGUGGUGCAAUUCCUGCGGAGCUUUGGGAAGGUUCUUGGCAUGGAUCCCUCAGAAAUGCCCACUCUGGGUAUAUUGCAGGAGGGACUGCUCAACCUGGGCAACAGCAUGGGGCAAGUGCAGGAUCUGUUGGUCCGGCUACUCUCGUCUGCUGUGUCUGACCCAGGGUUGCCUCAAGGACACAGGGCUAAGUCUAUCUUGGGUGACCACCUGACCAAUGUGGGUCUGAAUCGGGACAACGUGUCUGAGGUUUUGCAGCUGUACAUGGAGGCUCACUCCUCUCAGACUGAGCUAGCUGAUCUUGCUACGAGUCUGAGGACCAAAGCCUUUCAGGCCCACACACCAGCUCAGAAAGCCUCUGUCCUGGCCUUACUGGUAAAUGAGCUGUCCUGCAGUAAAAGCGUGGUCAGUGAGAUCGACAAAAGCCUGGAGCACAUGAACGUGCUACGGAAGGACGAGUGUAUCGUGGAGGGCAAAUUGAAGAAAAUGAAAACAAUCUAUGCUAAACGGACAGGGAAACGUGAAGCAAUCACUGGAGGGGAGGAGCCUCAGGCUGCGGGCGGCUCCGCCAUUGGUCACAAGCGCAAGAGGAAGGCUGGGGAUAGUGAUGAUGACGAAGAUGAAGAUGAUGACAGUGAGGACGCAGGGGAUGAAGAUGAAGAUGAGGAGGAGGAAGAGGCUAAAAAGGGAAAAAAGGUGGAGACGUGCGAUGAGGAUGAGGGAGACCCAGCCACAAGUGUUGAAGAGCUGGAGAAACAGAUUGAGAAAUUAUCAAAGCAGCAAAACCUGAUCCGUCGGAAACUGUUUGAGUCGUCUCAUGCCCUGCGGUCCAUGUCAUACGGGCAGGACCGGUACCGCCGCAGAUACUGGGUCCUCCCACAGUGUGGAGGGGUUUACAUAGAGGGGUUAGAAAGUGGAGAAGGAGUCAAGGAGCUGGAGAAAGAGCGUGAGAGGUUGAGAAACAUUCCAGUCAAAGAGGAGCCCAAGGAGGAAGUUCUGCAGCAUCACCAGCAUGAGGAGAUACAGGGGGCUGUGAAGGAGGAGGUGAAACAGGAGGAGGAGAAGCCCAUCGAUCCUGAUCAGGAGGCAAAUAAAGAGAUGCGCUCCUCCCCACUAAAAGAACAGCAGGAAACAGAGCUUGUGACCACGCCCCUUCAACCACCAGAGCUCCGCCCCUCACAAAGCCCCCAGUGUCAGGAAUUGCCUCACACACCUGUCGAGGCCAAGGGGCUCUGUCACACCCACAACGGCUGCCCCACAAUGGAAACUAUAUCAGCAUCAUCUCCAGCUCACUCUCCAACUACCUCUAAGCUGACAGAGGCCAGCAGCCCAAGCGCAGAGCACACAGUUCCUCCUCCUCUGCAGCUGUGCAUCCCUGCGCACAUCCUGCAUGUGCAGCAGCUGGUGCAGACUCAGCUCCUGGCCAACGACCAGCUGCUCAAGGUCCUCAGUGAGCGCAGCGGGCACUGGUUCAGCCUGCUGCCUCGCUCGCCCUGCGACGACACCUCCCUCAUCCAGCCGUCUGCACACCCGCAGUCCUCGCCCUGCAGCAACACCGCCAGCACACGGCCCAAAACUCCACCUCCACCAUCUACCUCCUCUCCGCACCAUCAUCUGCUUCCUCUUUCUGUGUCUGCAAGCCCUCUGAACCCCUCACCGGGUGGAAUCAGCAACCUCAGUUUGCAGGUGAAGGCAGGUGGAGCUCUGAUUGGUUUGCCUUUGGGCAACUGGUCCGGUGGGGUCAUCAGCCCCAAUCUCCCCCAGUGUAGCAGCCCCCUGCACAUGUACCCCUCAGUGGAGGGCAGCGCCAGCCCCCUGCUAGCACCCAGCGUCUCAACCAGCAAAAGUGGUUCUCCUGUUCCCACUGUGGAGAAGCUUACAUCUGUUCCUUCUCCAAUGGCACUGGACCUUCCUAGGAAUCAUGACCACCCCAAACCCCUGCCCAUACCAGAGAACAUGCUGCUGGGCUGGUGGAAGGUGACAGACAUGGAGAAGCUGAAAGCGCUAGUGAAUGCUCUCCACAGCAGAGGCAUCCGAGAGAGAGCCCUGCAGAAGCAGCUGCAGAAAUCCAUGGAUCUCAUUGCACAGACCUGUAACAAGAACAGAGAGGUGGCAGUUAUGGAGGUCUCGGAGCUGGAAGAGGGCCAGGUUUCCGUGGAGACGCUACAGGAUUGGUGUGUGGAGGAGCAGGCCAUGGAGACUGACAUCGCUCUGCUGCAACAAGUGGAGGAGCUGGAGCGCAAAGUCACAUCCGCCAGCCUGCAGGUCAAGGGCUGGACGUAUCCGGAGCCACAGUCUGAAAGAGAUGACCUGGUUUAUUAUGAGCACAAGCUCCUCCCGAAGCCCCGCCCUGGGGCGGAGUCUCAGGAGGAGCGAAGCUCAGAAAAGGGUCUGAUCCGUCGCCCCGGCAACCCAUUGGACAUCGCUGUGUCACGAUUGGCAGAGCUGGAGCGUCACAUCGAGAGAAGGUACCUGCGGAGCCCCUUAGGGACCACCAUCCAGAUCAAACUGGAUAAUGUGGGUACAGUCACUGUCCCCGCACCUGCUCCAUCCACUAGCGCUGGAGGGGAAGGGGGAGAGGAAGAGAUUGCUCCAGGGAUGAAGCUGUGGCGGAAAGCUCUGAGUGAGGUACGCAGCUCCUCUCAGCUGGCCAUGUGUCUGCAGCAGCUCCAGAAAUCCAUCGCCUGGGAAAGGUCCAUCAUGAAAGUGUACUGUCAGAUGUGCCGAAAGGGCGAUAAUGAAGACCUGCUUUUGCUGUGUGACGGCUGUGAUAAAGGGUGUCACACCUAUUGCCACAAACCCAAGAUAACCAACAUCCCAGAGGGAGACUGGUACUGCCCUGCUUGCAUCUCCAAGGCAAGUGGUCAGCCACCUAAAUCUAGGAAGACUCCGAAUCGUACACCACCAGCCAGUGGAGGAAAAAAGGCGACAGAAGCAGCCAAGAAAAGCAAGAAGCAGACUGAGAUGUGUGAAGAAGAAGAAGCCACCAGCAGCAACAACAGCACCCCAAAGAAAGCAGCUGCCACCGCCACCCAGUCCAAGAAGAACCUCUCCACCCCCCCAGCACCCAAACCAGACAGCCCUGCCUGUGUAAAAAGAGCCAAAACAGCCAGAGACAACAACCGGGACCUGGGCCUCUGCAGGAUUCUGUUGGCUGAACUGGAACGUCAUCAGGACGCCUGGCCCUUCCUCACACCGGUUAACCUCAAAUCUGUCCCAGGGUACCGCAAAGUCAUUAAAAAACCUAUGGCCUUCUCCACUAUCCGUGAAAAACUCGUCAGUAGCCAGUAUCAGAAUUUAGAAACGUUCAUCAUCGAUGUCAACCUGGUGUUCGACAACUGCGAGAAGUUCAACGAGGACAACUCUGACAUCGGCCGGGCCGGGCACAACAUGAGGAAGUUCUUUGAGAAGCGGUGGACUGAGCUGCUGAAGCAAACUAACUGAGGUGGUCUCGGACCACCACGGGCUGUCAUUUCAAACCUGCAACCGGGGCUCAAAACAAGUCACAGCUCUUUCUGCGACACAGAGCCUUCAGGACCGACCAAUCCCACAUCAACACCUAAAGAGACACAAGACAGCGGGUGUUUUUGUGCAAUACCAUUUCCUUCUAGAAAAGAGAAGUCGCACUGAAAUUUCAACCAUCAGAGCUGUACUAAGGAGAAAAGUCCCUUUCCACUACUUGUAAAUAUCUUUUUAUUUUGGUUUUGUAUUUUUACUUUAUCGUUAAUAUUAUAGUGAAUGUAUUUAAUUUUUUAAAUGAUUAUUUAUGACUAAAUAAAAGAAAGGUCCACUCUUCAUUUUCUAUGAAAAGGAAGAAACAGCAAAACUGCUUUAGAUCUAAUGGAAUGUUUAUUUGUUUGUGUUUUUCCUCUCCAAAUAUGAAACGAAGCCAAGAAAAAAAACUGUUUACACUGUUCUGUGCCAUGUGGCAUCAGAGUAUUCAACCCUCUGAACGUGAACUAAUGGCAUCACUGUACACACACACACACACACACACACACACAGACAAGCAGGAGGCACCCAUGUGUACAUACUGUCUAUUAAUGUCAAUAUAUUGAGUCUUGUUUGGAAUGAUGUGUACAUAUUGUUUCAGACAUUGGAUAUGGUUUAUGCCUUAGAACGUUUGUAGCAAUUAAUUUUAGUCUUAAAGUGAUUAAUAAUAUGCAUUUAUUGUUUGUACAGUAUAUACAUAUCCUCUACAAAACACUGUGGUCUCCUUAAUCUUAGUAGUGCCUGCCCUUCAGAACAGGGUAUAGGGAAAAUUAAUUUGUUCCUUCUCGUUUUGUUUAGUUUUUCCCCCUUUUUUGUAAUGUUAUUGUUUUCUAAUACAAAACACAUCAAGGCCUCCACUCAAAGGCAUACUGUACGAAACUCUUAUCUGAACCCAUAUGAAAACUGUUAAGAGUAUUCUUCAGUAUCGCUGGCCCCAGAGGCGCACAGAGAUGGACAGCAGGCGUUCUGUAACCACAUGUGUCUGAGUCUCCCGCGUGCAUCGUGGCCCACUGGAGGCAGAUAGAACAGAGUUUUUUUGUACCUGCGUCAGAGUACUUGAAGUUAUUUUAUUUAAAGAUAUUGUGGGAAACAAAUGGUAGCGUUCUUUUUGUAGAAGCAUUAUUUUUCACUAGUGUGUGUGUGUGUAUGUGAGAGUGCGAGCGUGUGUUUGUGCGAGUGUGUGGAUGUUUGGCACGGACUUAUUAAAAGGAUGUUUUUAAAUCCA